AUGGCAGGAACAGAACCGCCCCGGAAGAGGCUAGUUGUCGUCGGCCUGGGCAUGGUGGGCAUUUCAUUCAUAGAAAAGAUUCUCAAAUACGACACAAAGGAGAGAGAAUACGACGUGACCGUCCUCGGCGAAGAGCCGUACCUGGCCUACAACCGCGUAGGCCUGACGAGUUUCUUCUCUCACCGCGAGAUUCCCAACCUAUACCUCAAUCCACAAGAAUGGUAUGAUACAACGGCGAAAAAGGGCCUCGCGUGCCACAUUAGCACCAAGGUCGUUGACAUUGACACCGCCUCCAAAACGGUGCACUGCGAGACGGGUCAGAGCGUGCCCUAUGAUACCCUUGUUCUUGCCACCGGCUCCGACGCCCUGCUGCCUCGGCGCACACCCGGCCACGACGCCCACGGCGUCUUCGUCUACCGCACCAUUGACGACCUCGUCCGGCUCAUCGCCUUUGCCAAAGACCGGGGCGCGACCGACGGCGUCGUCGUCGGCGGCGGCCUGCUCGGGCUCGAGGCCGCCAAGGCCAUGAUGGAUCUGCAAGUCUACCAAAAGGUCCGCCUAGUCGAGCGCAACGAGUGGGUGCUAAGUCGCCAGCUCGACGCGGACGCGGGGGGCAUGGUGGUGCAGCAGGUUCGCGCGCUCGGGCUCGACGUGAUGCUGCGCAAGCGUGUGCAGCGCAUCCAGGUCGAUAACGAAAACCACGUCCGGGGUGUAGUUUUUGAAGACGGCGAGGAGAUUGCAUGCAGCACCGUGUGCUUUGCGAUUGGCAUCAGCCCGCGGGACGAGCUGGCGCGCAAUGCGGGCAUCGACUGUGCAGAGGGUGGCGGCGGCAUAGUCGUCGAUGACGGGAUGCGGACCAGCGCGGCGGAUGUGUACGCGGUCGGCGAGUGCGCGAACUGGCAAGGCACUACGUACGGUCUCAUCGCACCGGGCGUGGAAAUGGCCGAUGUGCUUGCGUUCAAUCUGACGCAGGCCGCGCAGCACACGCCGCGCGUCUUCAAGCGACCAGACGUUAGCACCAAGCUGAAGCUGCUCGGCGUCGACGUCGCGAGCUUUGGCGACUUCUUUGCGGAUCGUGACGGGGCCAAAUAUCUGCCGCCCAAGUACAUUAGGGAUAGCAAGGCCAAUAAUGGUGGCGGCGCCGUUGACAGGCGGCCCAAGAUGCUGACGUACAAGGACCCGUUUCAAAACGUGUACAAAAAGUACAUUUUCACGGCGGACGGCAAGUAUCUACUAGGAGGCAUGAUGAUUGGCGACACGAGCGACUACGUCAAGGUUGUGCCGCUCGUCAAGAACAUGAAGGAGCUCGACGUUCCGCCCGGCGAGCUCAUUGUGGGCGGCAAAAAGGGCGGCGAGGAGGAUGGCGACGACCUCGACGACGACACGCAGAUCUGCUCCUGCCACAACGUCACAAAGGGUGACAUUGUACAUCAAGUGCAGAGCGGCGAGUGCAAGGACAUUGCGUCGGUCAAGGCCUGUACCAAAGCCGGCACCGGGUGCGGCGGGUGCAUGCCGCUCGUGACGAGCAUAUUUAAUAAGACCAUGACGUCCAUGGGCAACGAAGUGACAAACUAUCUCUGCGAGCAUUUCAACUACUCACGCACCGACCUCUUCAAUAUCAUCAUGGUCAAGAAGCACAAGACCUUUGCCGACGUCUUUGCCGACGCCGGCAACCAGACCACCACCACUACCACCACCACCAUGACCGGCAGCGUGGGCUGCGAGCUCUGCAAACCCGCCGUCGCCAGCAUCUUUGCCUCCCUCUGGAACAAGCACGUCCUGAGCGCCGCCCACCGCGGCCUGCAGGACACCAACGACCGCUACCUCGGCAACAUCCAACGCGACGGCACCUACUCUGUCGUCCCGCGCAUCCCCGGCGGCGAGAUCACGCCCGCCAAGCUGCUCGCCAUUGGCCGCGUCGCCGAGAGCUACGGCCUCUACACCAAAAUCACCGGCGGCCAGCGCAUCGACCUCUUUGGCGCCCGCAAGCAGGACUUGCCCGCCAUCUGGGCCGCGCUCGGCGCCGCCGGCCUCGAGUCGGGCCACGCAUACGCAAAGUCGCUGCGCACCGUCAAGAGCUGCGUCGGCUCGACCUGGUGCCGCUACGGCAUCGGGGAUGCCGUCGGGCUGGCGGUGCGGCUGGAGGAGCGGUACAAGAGCAUACGCGCGCCGCACAAGAUUAAAGGGGGCGUGAGCGGCUGCGUGCGCGAGUGUGCAGAAGCGCAGAGUAAAGACUUUGGGCUCAUUGCCACGGAAAAGGGCUUCAACGUCUUCGUCGGCGGCAACGGCGGCGCCAACCCCAAACACGCCGCCCUUCUUGCCAAGGACGUGCCGCCCGCCGACGUCGUCGCCCUCGUCGACCGCUUCCUCAUGCUCUACAUCCGCACGGCCGACAAGCUGCAGCGCACCGCGCGCUGGCUCGAGGCCCUCCCCGGCGGCCUCGCCUACCUGCAGGACGUGGUCGUGCGCGACAAGCUCGGCCUCGCCGCCAGCCUCGAGGCGCAGAUGCAAGAGCUCGUCGGCGGCUACUUUGAUGAGUGGGCCGAGGCGGUCGCGGAUCCCGAAAUCAAGGCGCGAUUCGCCCAGUUUGACAAUGCGCCGGAUGAGGCGCUGGCGGGCACGGAGAGGUUAGAGGAGAGGGAGCAGAAGAGGCCGGUGAACUGGCCCGUCGAGUCCGCCCCCGAGGACUUUCGGGCGCUCGGGACGCGGUCAGCCGGAGAGCAAGAUGGUGGCGCUCCGUGGUCGAGCACGGCGUGGGAGCCCGUCAUCUCAGCGGCUCACUUUGAUGGCGCCGACGACCUGCCCAACGGCAUCUCGGCGACGAUUAAGCGCGGCGACACGCAGCUCGCCGUGUGGCGCGUCCGCGGACACUACUACGCCACGCAGCAAAUGUGUCCGCACAAGCGCGCCUUUGUCCUCUCCGACGGCCUCCUCGGGCAGUCCACCACCGCUACCACUUCCACCGCCACCAUCUCCGUCGAUCCCGCUACUGGCGCCGCGCCCGCUCCUUGGGUUUCCUGCCCGCACCACAAGCGCAACUUUGACCUCGCGUCCGGGUCCUGCCGCAACGACGCCUCGCUGUCCAUUGCCACGUUUGCCGUGGAGGAGCGCGCGGACCGCAUGGUGCACCUGCUGCUGCCGCCGGUCGAGGAGCUCGACGACAGGCUGGGUACGAAAAAGUGGAUGGUCAAGAGGGGAGAGGGCGGCGGCGGCGAGGAUGAGCCAUUGGCGGCGCUGGAUCGCAAGUACAAGCUCGUGGGGAGGAGGGGAAGGAGGCCGGGCGCGGCGACGGCUGUGAUGGCGGUGGCGUCGCCGCUCAUUACGGCUGGAGGAGGCGGUGGGUGCGGCGCGGCGCCGGAUUGGUAG